GGGCUGGCCAGCCUAUUUUUUCCAGGCGAGGAAAUAUUUAACCGCGGCGUCAGCGAGCAGAGCAGGAGGGUGCAGGCAUGGAGGAGGGUGGCGGGCAGCACCCGGUCCCCGCUGCCCCCCCGGGGCGACCCCAGGAGGAAUCCCUGCAGCUCCUUCUGCGCCGCAGCCGGGAGGCCAAAAACUGUGCCUAUUGCCCCUACAGCCGCUUCCCGGUGGGCGCCGCGCUGCUCACUGCCGGCGGGGAGAUCUUCUCUGGGUGCAACGUGGAGAACGCCUGCUACAGCCUGGGGGUGUGCGCCGAACGCACCGCCAUCCAAAAAGCCAUCUCCGAGGGACACACCAGGUUCAAGGCCAUGGCCAUUGCCAGUGACAUGAGGGACUUCAUCACACCCUGCGGUGCCUGCAGACAAGUGAUGAGAGAGUUUGGCACAGACUGGGAUGUCUACCUGACCAAAGCUGAUGGGACCUACAUCGUCAAGAGGCUGGAGGAGCUGCUGCCGCUCUCCUUCGGCCCCGAGGACCUGAAGAAGGUGUGAGCAGCGCGGCCAACACCGGCCUUUGCCCUUCGGCAGCAGGGGAGGAUGGUUUUCCCCAAAUCCCCCGGUGUGUAGGCGGCUUUUUGGGGACAAUGCAACGGGAAAUGUGUUUAUAGUGUUAAGUUAUCCAUUCCUCUCGCUCGAUUUCUGAUUCCGCGCUGAUUCGCAGAUGCCGGCCCCACCUCGCCCCAGGGAAAUGGCGAAAUCAAAUUGUAGAAAUUCCCUGUUAUUAGAAAAAAAAAAAAAAAAGAAGUGUCCCAAUCUCACUGUAGGCGAGGGGGGAGAUCCCAGGAGGAAAAGGGUUUGAGGCAUGGCUCGAGCUUGGGCUUGUUGGUACCGAAAUUGCUUGGGAAAAUGCUGGAUUCUUUAGCUCUGAAGGAGAAGUGAAAGCCAAGAGGAAAAGCUCCACCAACCCCAGUGGUUAUUAAUAAGCCAGUUGAGAUUAGGAGAUUUGCUGGAACUGGAUGGUUAUCGCCCUCAGCGUGUCCUUUGCUCGUUUUUCUCCGGCUUGUUUUUCUUCCUUUUAUUCCGUUUGUGGGGACGAAGAGGGAGAAGAGUUUUCUGGGGAGUUUUGGUGUCUCCGCAGUCAUGCCGUUUGCUGACUGUGUGAUUAAUUUAAUUGCGCACAAUGAAAAAUUAAUGUGUUGUAUUUCCAAACGGGUGCUGGGUUGGGCAUUACUGCCUACGCCCGAGUGAAAUAAAAGCAGUCCUGGUUUAUCUCCUGCAA